UAUCAUCAUUUGCAAAUGCAAUCGAAGAGGGCAAAGCUGGAGAUGUGGAGGACAUCCUACAACUCAGCGUGUGAGGAUGUCUGCACACAGCCAGACACCAAUCCUUGUGCCACUUCAAGGACUUUGUAUCCAUGUUCAGCCAGUGCUUUCCUCUAAAGGGGGAUGAAUCAGGAUCAUGUCUAAUUGAUCAAGAUGGAAACCUGUUUAAGUAUCUUUUGGAUUAUCUUCAUGGAGAAGUUCUGAUUCCUGGAGAACAAAUUUGAACUGCACUGCAGGAGGAAGCAGAUAAUUUUGGAAUCCCUUAUCCAUACAUUCUGCCUGACCAUUUGGCCAGGUCCAAUAUAGAACUUUAAAAGGCUUUGUUAGAUUUCUGUGAGUCUUAUUAUUUAGUUUGUACCAAGCCUACAGUGUGGGUCCUGCACUGCCUCAACACCUCUGGAGCAAGCUGUGAAAGUAAAACCAUUGGUGCAUAUGCCACAAGAGCUGAUGGGACUGAUGCAAUUACUAAGGUGCUAGGAAGGAAAAUUCAUAGUGAAAGCAUGUGCAAAAGAGAAGCUGGAAAUAACGUCCAGUAUAUCUGGAGCUAUUACUCAGCAGCUGAGCUGAAAAAGAUGCUGGAUGCUUUCAAGGCCUGGGAAGGGAGGGGUGUGAGCUACUGGAGAGAGCCUCAGGGGCUAACUGAAUGUUGGACCCUUGAAGAACACCCUCUGAAAGGCAGUUUGCAUCAUAUGCCCGCAGUUUAUGAAAGGUACUCAAUUGACUAUACUGAAGAGGAAGACUAUUUACCAUGUAAAGUGGGUCCCAAGCCAUUUAGAUUCUCAGGUCCCUCAACAAAUACCCAUAUCAAAGUAAAAAAUACAGCUUCAAUAAAGGUAUCUGCUUGCACUGCUUCACAUUCUGCAGCAACUCUUAAACAGCCCAAUAGCAAAAGUUUGACCCUGUAUAAAGAAGCUUCUGAAACUGUAUCCACAGCAUGCACAUCUGUGCCCAGCAAUUCCCAGGAGCCCCGUGGAAGGCAGAGUGCUGGCAAUGGGACACCAAGCCAAAUGACAUUUAAGAUUGCAGUGACUAAGAAGCCUGUAAACAACUGUGUAGUGAAGCUCAAACGAACUCCCUUUCUUGGGACACCAUCUCAGCCACCUUCUUCUGUACCCAGUAAAACAAGUGAACAGGACAGUGCUGCUGUUGAAAUUCCUACUACUUCUACGGUACUAAACAAGAAAGAACCAGCUGUAUUAGCAGAGAGUAUUAAGGGUAAGAAUGAUAAAGUGGAUGGAUAA